AUGAUUGGUUGUCGAAGUAAUGAAACUGUUCACAAAAGAAAUUUCUAUGUGACAAGAAACCUCUCCUCUCCUUUGCUUAAAGGAGUCGGUCUAUCUUUCAACGAAUUCGGGAGAUUUUGCGAAAGAAACAUUAGUAUUCCUGCAUCUGGACAUUCCCUCAACGCACUGCAAACAAGUCCGAGUGUAGAAAAUCUAGGGAAGGCUCUUGAAGACGGUUUUGAGCUUGCACUUGACCAAGAAUGUGUGACGUGCAUAGGUUCUGGGGGUGCUUGUGGAUAUAAUAAGAGCUCAAGUGGAUUCAUCUGUUAUUGUGUAGAUGAACCACGUAAUGGUUCAGGAGUAGGUGGCACUCUAUUCCUGGUCCUGGUUUUAACGUUGUUUCUCCUAAUUCUACGAAAGAGAAGAACAUCGCAUGAUCUUGGUCAACAAAACCUCAAGACACUUAUUCCACAACCAAGACUCAAAGCACUUAUUACACUGAAGCAGUAUAGUUACGCACAAGUGAAGAGAAUUACAAAUUCAUUCACGGAACAGAUAGGGAGUGGCGGAUUUGGAAUUGUCUAUAAAGGAACCCUUUGUGAUGGAAGUUUGGUUGCCGUGAAGGUUUUGAAAGACCUAAUGGGUGAUAAUGGCGAAGACUUCAUCAAUGAAGUUGCAAGCAUGAGUCAAACUUCUCAUGUCAACAUUGUUACCCUCCUAGGAUUCUGCUCUGAAGGUUCCAAGAGAGCAAUUAUUUACGAAUAUCUUGAAAAUGGAUCUCUUGAUAAGUUCAUCACAGAGAAGACCUCGAUGGAUAUAGAUUGGCCGGUACUUUCUAGAAUUGCGCUUGGAGUUGCUCGUGGUUUAGAGUACUUACAUCAUGGCUGCAAAACAAGGAUUGUACAUUUUGACAUAAAACCUCAAAAUGUACUCUUAGGUGAAGAUUUUAUCCCCAAAGUUUCAGAUUUUGGCCUUGCUAAGCUUUGCGAGAAGAAAGAGAGCAUCUUGUCAUUGCUAGACACAAGAGGUACAAUAGGGUACAUUGCGCCUGAGUUAUUUUCAAGAAUGUACGGUAGAGUUUCCCACAAGUCGGAUGUGUAUAGCUACGGAAUGUUGGUUCUUGAGAUGAUAGGAGCAAGAAAUCAAGAAACGGUUGCUCAAAGCUCUGUAUCGAACACAAGCUCAAUGUACUUUCCUGAAUGGAUAUACAAGGAUCUUGACAAGGGACACUCAGGAAGGCUUAUGGAGAAUGGAAUCAGCAUCAAAGAAGAGGAGCUAGUAAAGAAGAUGACAUUGGUGGGUUUGUGGUGUAUUCAAUCUUCCCCAUCAGAUCGCCCAGCGAUGAACAGAGUUGUAGAAAUGUUGGAAGGAAACGUCGACACUAUUAAAGUCCCUCCUAAGCCUGUUUUCCAAAUUCCAUCAGCGCCAUUUGAAGAAUCUUCUUUGCUUUCAGAGGAUAUAUCGGGUUCCACUUCCACAGAUAAAUAUGUUCCAUAA